CUCACGUCAGUACACAUUCAACCGUGGUUUGGUUCGGUAGUUUGGUGAGUUCGCUUUCUGAACCGGUGUUUUACACAUUAAUUUAAAGAAUAGUGCUUUAGUCAAUCAUGCUGCCUAAAGAUCUCGUCUCAGCUACCGAAGAAGCUACUUCUUUUCAACCUAACGAAAAUCCGACUGAACCGAACGGUUCUCCUAAACAACAAGAAGAAACCCUAUCUCUAUUGGCACUCGAGGACGGCAAUAUGACCAAAGACAAAUGGAAAUCAGAUACUAACGUUGAACGAACUAAUGGUCAAACUAAGAUAGACGACCACGAUCAUAGAUUAAGUAUUGCCUCGGUCGGUCACGUUCCUACCGGCCAUCCUACUUCUUAUUACGAAACACUGAUAAACAUGCUGAAAGGUAACGUGGGAUGUGGCAUAUUAGCAAUGGGAGAUGCGUUCAAAAACGGUGGUCUACUAUUGUCUCCUGUGUUAACCGUCUUCAUUGGUGUCAUUGCAGUGUAUAACCAACACUUGCUGGUGACAUGUUCCAAAAGUGUCAGAGAAAAGUUAAAAUUGCAACAAAGUCCAGAAUUCUCUAAGACAGUGGAACUGUCAUUCCAAUGUGGACCGCCGCCGUUCAGAAAAUACUCUACAUUCUUUCGAAAUAGUGUAAACUGUUUUGUUGUGAUAACACAGUUGGGAUUUUGUUGUGUCUAUAUUAUUUUUGUCUCCAAAUCAAUAAAACAGAUAAUGAGUUGGUACGACAUUGAUCUCGGGAUCCAUACGAGCAUAAUGAUUUCGAUGAUACCCAUUUUGAUAUCUUCGCUUAUAAGAAAUUUGAAAUUCAUCGCUCGGCUGUCUGCGUUGGCCAACGUGUGCAUGUUGACAGGUCUAAUGGUAAUUAUCUAUUACUGUUCCACAGACUUACCGGCUCUGAACACCAGACAUCCCGUUGCCAAUUGGACGUCGAUCCCGUUGUAUUUCGGCACCACCAUAUUUGCAUUCGAAGGCAUUAGUUUGGUUUUGCCGCUGGAGCAAGAAAUGAAAAAUCCCAAACAAUUUUCAUCCAUGUUCGGAGUGCUCAACGUGGGAAUGGUGUUAGUUUCUAGUCUGGUUAUAUUGACGGGUUUCAUGGGGUAUCUGAGGUUCGGCGAUGAUGUCAAAGGCAGUCUGACAUUAAAUUUGCCCGAAGAAUUUUUAUUAUCGAAAGUUGUCAUAUUGAGCAUGAUGUUUGGUAUCAUAUGCACGUAUACCUUGCAGUUUUACGUACCAGUGGAAAUCAUUUGGCCGAUAGUGAAGAAAAAAUUUGGUCCUUUCAAAACGCCCAUAGUGUGGGAGAUAGGACUUCGGAUACUAAUGGUACUCAGCACGUUCGUAGCGGCCGACGUGAUACCGCACCUGGGACUGUUCAUAUCCAUGAUGGGGGCCGUGGCCAGCACGUUCCUGGCACUGAUCUUUCCGCCCCUGUGUCACAUGGCCGUCACGGGCUACGAGGGAUACGGUCGGUUCCGAUGGAAGCUGCUGGUAAACGCCAUCACGCUUAUCCUGGGAGCCGUGGGUUUCGUCACCGGCACAUACGCCAGCGUUUAUGAGAUCUGCGACGCGUUCCAAAAGGAGGGAGCAAUGGGUAGUGUGUCCCUGCCGACUGCGCCAACAUUGUCGACCAUCGCAAUGGCUGCCAACGGCAGCAGCACGUUGGUCGCGCAAUAAAUUGACAUCAGUAAACUAACCACACACGGAUGUCAAUUAUUUCAUUAUUGAUAAUAAUUAUCCAACCGUCGGAACUGGUGGAUCUUGUCAAUCGACAGGCGGUCGUCUUGAUUAUUUUUUUGUACGUCCCGAACGACGUAUAAAAAAACUUUGACUUUGCACUGGCCGACUAUUUUUUUUUUUUUUUUGUUUUGUUUUUCGUGAUGCUCGUAAGCAUGCAACAUACGAUAAUUUAAAGUAUUACUGUUUUAUUAUUUUUUUUCCCCUUAAUAUUAUUAUUUCUUUACGAAAAUAAUAUUAAAACGUUAACUGUUACGUUUUUUUCUUUUUGUUUUAGUUACAUUUUUUUCGUUUUGAAACGCAACUUUUGUGUUGCCACAAUUUAAAACCGAAGGCGGUAACUAAAAUAUAUAUUCUAAAAGUAUUACAUUUAUUUAACCGUUGUGGCAAUAAACGAAUACACCAUAAUAAUAAUAAUAAUAUGUACUAUAUUAAUUUUGUUAAACGCCACACACGACAUACAUACAUCAGCCGUUGCUCAAUAGCAUACAUAGUACAAUUAUUAUUUGUGUGUGAUGUAUGUAAUAUUGUUAUAUUAUUGUUUUUACAAGUGAACUAUAUUAUGUUGAAUUUAUAAAAAUAUGGACGUGUUGAAAUAUUAUAUAGAUGCUGAUGUUGAAUGUAUUAUAUAGGUAGACUAUACUAUAAUGUAUUAUGACGAACGUAAAAUUAUAAUAUUUUUGAUAAA